CCACAUGGGUGCCCUGGGGUAGGGUGGGUGUUUGGGUAGGGGCAGAGGGGCAGGUGUCAGAGUAGCGGUGUGUGGCAUCGUGGAGGUGUUAUUGAUUGCGCGAUGCUGUGUGUGGACUGCGGCAGCUGGUGGCCGACCAGUGUGGUGGGUGGAGGCUGGAACGACGCUUAGGCAUGGACGGCCCAACCCUCCUCCUCCUCCCCUACCUCUCCACCACCACCACCUCCACCACCAUCAUCAUCUCUACCACCACAACCACCACCACCAGCUCCACCACCGCCCCCCACCCGCGACGCCACCAAGGCUAAGACUCCGCAGCGGUCGUGGGUACUGCUGCCGCCUUCCAGCGGCAUAACACAAACCAACACUGAACAAUGUCUGAUUUUAGAAGGAACGGACCACUGAGCGUCCGCUGCCUCCUUGUGAUGGUGGGGUGGCGGCGCAGCGCUCUGGUGCGGGGCAGCUUCCUCCUCAACGUAGUGUUCGCGUUGUACGUGGCUGUGCACGUGGCGGCGCCCCCCCGCCUACUGGCCCCCCGCGCUUCCCUCACCCUCAUCCAUGACAACCUCACAGCCUCCCCGGAGCCCGUCGAUUACCCUACCGAGGGAGAACCUACCAUCGAUGACCCUUCCGAGCCCCCCGCGCCGCCCACACCCGCGCCUACCUUGCAGGAAAAGGUGUACCCUGACCUGCACACGUGCCACACACCCACACUCACGUUUCGCCCUGCCCUGCACGGCACACAUUGGGUGCUGUACAACUAUGUGCCGGCAGACACCCAGCCCGCGUGUAAUGAGUCGGUGACAUACACCACGCACGCAGACUUCACCUUCCUGGACAAUGUGGUACCGCUGGUGGAACGCUGGCGAGGCCCCGUCAGCGCUGCAGUGUUCGCCCCUGGAGGGGACUUCAACACUACGCUGCGUACUGUGGCCUUCCUGCGCACCUGCCGCCCCCUCGUGGCUAAGCAUGUCACCUUCCAUCUGUUUUUCCCGGCCGACCACAUGCCUAACCACGUACCGCCCACCGCCCAGUUGCUGGCCCAGCGUCCCUCCUGUUCCACGCCGCCCCCCUACCUCGCCACCCACACCUACAAGCGUGCCCACAACCUCACGUAUCCCGUCAACAUAGCACGCAACAUCGCGCGUCGGGCGGCCGCCACCUACUUCGUGCUGGCCAGCGACGUGGAGUUAUACCCGUCCCUGGACUUCAUCAACUUCUUCAUGGAUAUGAUGAGGAGGCAGGACGCGUCGCGGGCCGCCGCUCCCACCCGUCGCGUCUACGUCCUGCCCAUCUUCGAAGUGAAGAGUGGGUUUCGGCCGCCCACCACCAAAGCUGCGCUGGUCCGCAUGCUCAAGCGAGGAUCCGCAAUCCCUUUCCACAAGUUUGUGUGUCCGCAAUGUCAUAAAGUGCCUGGCAUGCGAGAGUGGGCCGACUCCAACGCCAGCGACACCGUCAACGUGGUGAUGGUGGCCAAGAGACACCCGCCCUACCACCACUGGGAGCCCAUCUACGUGGGCACCCACCUGGAGCCUCUCUACGACGAGCGGCUCUCCUGGGAGGGUCGCUCCGACAAGAUGACGCAGAUGUACGUGAUGUGCGUGCUGGACUACGAGUUUCACGUGCUGGACAACGCCUUCUUGGUUCACCGGCCGGGCAUCAAGAGGCACCGCCGUGACCGUCACCGCGACCUGCUCACAGCCAGACAGAACGCCCUCCUCCACAGCAAGAUCACCCCCGAGCUACACACUAUCUACGGCAAACGGGGGAUGUGCUUCUUGUAGCACCCCCAGGCCUCC